AUGUCCUUCUUUCACAAUAAUCCGCUCAUAGAGCUAUGCCACCGCAUUACCCACAAACCCAUGUCCAUAGUAAUGUGGUUAUUCACGGGCCUUGUGGUCGCAAGCACUUUUAGCGUUAUGCUUACAAUGCCUGCCCCUAGGGAUGGCGACGAACAAGAUUAG